UUGUUUAUCUCUAUUAUGGAUCAGGGGCACAUUCGCUCCAUCUUGGACAACUGGCCUGAAACUAAUGUCAAGGCGGUGGUGGUGACGGAUGGGGAGAGGAUUUUGGGAUUGGGGGAUCUGGGUGUGUACGGGAUGGGGAUUCCUGUAGGGAAGUUGUGUUUAUACACCGCAUGUGCUGGAAUCAGACCUGAGAGCUGCCUGCCUGUCUGUAUAGACGUGGGAACAGAUAACGAGACGUUACUCAGAGAUCCGUUUUACAUGGGUCUAUACCGAAGGAGAGAGCGAUCUCAGCGCUAUGAUGAUCUGAUUGAUGAGUUUAUGGAGGCAGUGGUGGAUAAAUAUGGACAGGAUACACUCAUACAGUUUGAGGAUUUUGGCAAUCACAACGCUUUUCGCUUCCUCAAGAAGUACCGGCAUCGCUACUGCACGUUCAAUGAUGAUAUCCAGGGCACACACACACACACACACACACACACACACACAGCUCUGGCGGGAUUGUUAGCAGCGCAGCGUGUUGUAGGAAAGCCCAUCACUGAUCAUACAGUUCUGUUCCUGGGAGCCGGAGAGGCAGCUCUAGGCAUUGCUAACCUGAUUGUCAUGGCACUGAUGGAGGAGGAAGUUUUUUGCAACAGUUUGGUGGUGGAGUUUCUGUACAGUAAAGGAAUGGCAUUUCGGUACCCAGAGCCACUGGAUAAGGAGGCGUAUGUGAGAUCCAUUGUGUGGAACACGGAGUACGAUUCCUUCCUCCCAGACAUCUACGAACGGGCUGGAGUGUCCUAUAGUCCUAUAGUGGAGUAAUCAUACACCCUAUAGCAUACACCUGAAACAGUCACACCCCUCAUUUACAGCUGUGUAAUGUUUAACUAUCACACAUCCCCAUGGGGAGUGAUUCCUAAACUCCUUCUGCUAAUGUAAAUGUACAGUGUUGCUAUUAAUAAAACACUCCACGUGUG